UCUGCCCUUUACCUUUUCAAAGGAAUCAUAUUUGACCUAAGCAGAUAGUAAAGAUGUCUGAUUAUAUGCACGAAGAAUUGAUUCUUGAAAUCCUCAAAACACUCCCGGUGAAGUCCGUGGUGAAAUGCAGGUCAGUUUGCAAGAAAUGGAACACUCUCAUUUGCCACCCAUCUUUCGUUUCGGUUCAUUUACAGGCUUCACUUUCGAGACCGCCCGACAACACUCCUUUCCUCCUCCUCACGAGCGAGAAAAAGGGCUGCGAAAAGUACUAUUUGCACUACGACAAUGAUGGGUUUGAUGAGUUCAAGCAGCUUCAAAUCCCUCUCUUUGGUUACGUUUCUGAAGCUCCGGUGGUUGGUUGUUGCAAUGGGUUGAUUUGUCUUCAGUUGUUUUCAAGGUCUGAUUGUUCGUAUAUAUAUUACUUUCUUUGGAACCCUUCUAUUCAAAAGUACAUUUCUUUGCCACGUCUGAGAAUCGAUAAAGAUGCUGAAUAUUUAUGUGUCGGGUUUGGGUUUGAUUCGAGAACCAAUGAUUACAAGCUACUUUUAGCAGGGGCUGGAAGUGAUAAUUGUUGGAUGAAGCCUUAUUUGUUUUCACUUAAUCAUAAACGUUGGAAAAGGGUUACUGCUGUUUAUCCUGAUUAUGGUUUUGGUCCUGAGACAUUAUUGCCUUUUGUUAAUGGAGCUGUUCAUUGGUUGGGACAUCAGAAUAGAAAUGAUGAUAAAGCCAGAAAUGAGAUUUUGGGGUUUGAUUUGAGUGCCGAGGUGUUUUUCGAGAUGAGUUUGCCUGAGAGCUUGAUUGGUUUGUGGUCGUGAGUUGCAUCAAUUGUGAGUCAUGAAGGAGUAUGGUGUAGCUGAAUCAUGGACCAAGGUGUUGGCAAUACGUCAGGUUGAUCGCUAUGCAUUUAUUCCUUGGGCAUCUGGGUUUAGAAAGAAUGGGGAUGUUCUGUUGCGACUGGGUUAUGGAAAUUUGGCUUCACUUGAUUUGAAUUGCCGAAAAAUGGAGCUUCGUGGAGUUAAGAUUUCGGAACAAUUUAUAUCCGCAGCUGGUAGUUAUGUUGAGAGUUUAGUGUUGCUGGACAAAGUCGAUGCCCGUAGUGAUAGUGAUGUAGAUAAGGAUAUAGAUUCAAGAGAUUAUGAUGAUGUGUAUAGUGAUAGUGAUUCUGUUGAAUUCAGUCGGAGAGAGAGUGAUAGGAUUCAAGUGAUUCUGACGAACCAAGUGGGAGAGAAAGUGAUACGAGAGAGCGAUUGGAUACAAAUGAUUAUGAUG